AUGUGGAGGCCGCUCUCAACGUCUUUGCCACGCGAGGGGCUGGGGAACUCACCGUUUACCCUUAUGGAACGCGGUGUAUGUGCACUCCUGAAAGUUGUAUUGUCAAUGGAUGUUCGUCUAGCAUGUCCCCCUGACCGAUGCGAACUCGGACUCACCCCCCAUACUUACUUGACCCUCGCUGAACAAAGCGCCAGGAAACACAUGAAACUUGCCAAAUCAUUUGCCCCGAGCCAUCGUUUCCAACCGGGCAUCGAAUGGGAAAUCCUCCACAACGGCAUCAUCAUUUUCCUCGGGCUGGUUCACGCACUCUCCCAAUCGUACAAAGGGUACUUACAGUAUGCUUACCGGGCCACUAGGUGGUUCAAAAUGCUAUACCCCACCGAGCUAGAUGGAUAUGCGACACCAAGCCAACCAACACCUGCAGCAUCUCGCCAGCCAUCAGAGACCCGUUUACAAUAUGCUGAGGCGACCCCUGCUAUCCCCGUUCGGACGUCCAGAUUAUUCGCUCGGUGGUCAGGACUCGGUGCACUGACUACUCCCACGCCCGUCCUCGGUACCGUCACCAAUCCUGCUAACGGACCUGUUGAAGAAUUCAUAUUGCCAGGGGUAGCGUUUGGGUACGGAUUGUUCAAUCUAGCCUUGUCUUCACUGCCUGCGCAGAUAAGGUACGUAUUUGUAUUUUUUGGGUAUAACUAUGACAGGGAAUUGGGACUCAACGCGCUUGCAGUGUCUGCUGCACGCACAGACGUGCACGCCAUGUUUGCAGGGUUGCUGUUGACGACAUACUACGGUAGCCUAUUGCUCGCGUCCGGAUAUCAUGCAGAUGAGCAGCACGUCACGGAUCAAUGCAGGGGCAUCGUAAGGAGGCUAUUGCAUCGACAUCCUAAGCUGUCUUUGUGCAUGCUGAAUAAAGCCAGAAUCCAACGCAUAUCUGGUGAUUCGGAGGGAGCUAUUGUUACACUUCAGGAGGGUCGACAACAAAGAUCAUUGCCGCAAGUCGACGAACUGGUAUGUACGCUGUUUCAGUGCAGAAGAUAUGAAGAGAGUGCGCAAGUGUUUAUGGAUGUCUCAAAGAUGAAUAGUUGGAAUCGCGCGACGUAUCACUUCCUUGCCGCUGGGUGCUAUGUGUCCGUCAGACAAUUGGAUGAGGCUCAGAGACUGUUCGAUAAACUCCCGGCAGUUUUAGAUAAACGAAGAGGUAGGGACAUGCCCACAGAAGUGCUUAUCAAGAAGAAGCUUGAGUUUUACAAGAAGAAACAUGGCCGUCGGAGAGGAGACCCCAAGCGAUUCGCGGAAUCUGUGAAGAUUAGGCCCUGUAGAAGGUGGGGCCGAUAUGCUAACACAUAUGCGCAUGCCGAUAAGGAAACGGCUUUGGCGCAUAUCGUGGAGUUGACUGCACUCACACCUCCUGUGGACAUAUAG